GGCCAUCUGAAGAAGUGCUGGCUUACUACUGCCUAAAGCACAAUGAAAUAUUCAGGGACCUUGCUGUGUGUGAGCUAGGGGGUGGCAUGACAUGCUUGGCUGGGCUCAUGGUUGCUAUUUCUGCAGAUGUCAAAGAAGUUCUGUUAACUGAUGGAAAUGAAAAGGCCAUCAAAAAUGUAAGUGAGAUCAUCACAAGAAACCAAAAUGCAGGAGUAUUCAAGGCUCAGAAAGUGUCAAGCUGCAUUUUACGAUGGGAUAAUGAGACAGAUGUCUCUCAACUGGAAGGACAUUUUGACAUUGUUAUGUGUGCUGACUGCCUGUUUCUGGACCGGUACAGAGCUAGCCUUGUUGAUGCAAUAAAGAGAUUACUCCAACCCAGUGGAAAAGCAAUGGUAUUUGCUCCACUCCGAGGGAAUACUUUAAACCAGUUUUGCAAUCUAGCUGAGAAAGCUGGUUUCUCUAUCCAAAGACACGAAAAUUAUGAUGAACACAUUUCGAACUUCCACUCCAAGUUGAAAAAUGAAGAAAAAGAUACGUAUGAGGAAAACCUCCAUUACCCUUUUCUUCUAGUUUUAACCAAACACGGAUAGAAGAUGACACUUUUGUUUGUUUGUUUUAAGGUGGACUACUGGAAAUUAAUCCAUGUAUGUGGAUGGUCGGGGGGGUGGCAUGCGGUGGGGGUGGUGUUUCAGUUCCCCCCCAUUUUGUCGUGAGUCAUCAUUAGAGAAAUAUUUCUAAUCUAAAUGCGAAGGAAGAGAUUGUGGCUUUUUUCCCAGUGUGUAAACACUGAGACAGCUUUUUUUUGUAUCAUUUUAGAACUUGUUUUUCCAGCCUAAAACUGAUCAGACUUCACAUGUACGCAUUGACAAAGGUGUAAAGCUGGCUUCCUUCUCUUUUGUGCCUUUAACCUUGCAUGUGCUUUGUUAAUCUCUUUAAACGUUAUUUUUCGGAUGUAUUUGAAAAUACGCGAAUAAUAUACUUUGUGG